AUGGGGCCAGAUGGCAUCCACCCCAGGGUGAUGAGGGAGCUGGCAGAUGAGCUGCUGAAGCCGCUCUCCAUCAUUUAUCAGCAGUCCUGGCUCACUGAUGUGGAUCGUGACUUGGAUUAUUUGGAAAUGAUGGUGAAUGAUGAUUUGAAAACCUGGCCAGAUGCUGGAGCUGAACCUGCUGGUGAAGGUGGUGCAGCUUCCCAACCCACGUUCAGGAUUGAGUCUUUGGGAGGUGGUGAGGGGAAUUACCCAGAGACAGGUCACAAGAAACCCCAUGAGCCAUCCAUAGUCAAGAUGCCAAUAAUGAAGGAAAUGCAGCAGGCAGGAGGACAAGCAAUGGACCAAAAAGCUGUACUGAAGGUGGCAUUUUCCGGGGUAAGUGGCGGCUCAUUGGAACGCCCUGCAGGAAGGAAGGCGAUGCCAGACACGGGCACAGGCACAGCAGAUGAGGUGUUUGGGAAGGCUUCUCCAUUAGCUUGGCUGCAUAAAGUGUUGGUCCUAUCUGAGCCACCAUCAGGUGUGUCUGCAGCAAGGACUUCUCCAGCUCCUUUGCUGAUUUCUGCAAAGAAGCCUGGCUCCCAUGGCAGGGGUCUUCCAAGGGGAAAGAACAAAGCUACAGGUCACCAGAAACCCCACGAGCCAUCUGAAAACAUGAGGCAAAUGCUGAAGGAAUUGCUGCAGGGAGGACAAGAGAAGGACAAAAAAGCUGUGCAGAAGGCGGCGUUUCCCAGAGGAAGCAGUGGCUCCAUGGCAGCCUCUGCUGCAGGAAGGGAGGUCAUGCCAGGCACAGGCCCAGGAGAUUGGGAUCGUGACAUGGAUUCCAUGCUUGUCUUUGUGGAUGAGAGUUUGAAGACCUCGGCAGAUAGUAGAGCUAACCCGGUUGGUGAAAGUGAUCUGGCUUCCCAACCCACAUUCAGGAAGGAGCCUCUGGGAGAUGCUGAGGGUGUGUCUGCAGGGAGGACUUUCCCAGGUGUAUUGGUGGAUGUUGCACGCAGGCCCAGCUCCCGUCACAGGGGUCUCCUGAGAAUGGAGAACAAACCUAGAGGAGACAGGAAGUCCCUGGAGGCAUCCAAACACAUGGAGAAGAUGCCGAGUGAUCUGGAGAGACAUGGUGAUGCAGCCGGCCCCACAACACAUGCUGACAACAUCUGGGAAAGCACGAGAAGAGUUUUCUGCUGGGGAACACCUUGUUUGAAGAAGUUGAUGGCCAUUGUGGCUGGUGCAGCACUUUGCCUGAUGAUGUGCUAUGCCGCAAUCUGGUAUUGCUGGAAGAGAAAAUGGUUGUCCUGUGCAUCUCCAGAAGACCAGACUACAAACAGAGGCAAUGACAACCUGAUAGUUUAUCCCAGCUCUUCACUUCCGCCCCUAUUUGCCCUGCCAUGGCUGCGUCACGAUCAUGAGUCCAUCCCAAAACCCACCCCUCCACAACGAGACCCUCUGCCCCUGAGCCCCCUGGUCCUGUUCCCCGGCCAGGAAUGAAGGUGGGCAGCCCUUGCCUGCCAGGGCAGGGCUUGGCCCACAUUUUAUGUUUAAAUAAAGAGUUGGAGAUUUCACAGUUA